AUGGCGACAGUCAGCGAUCCUGAUGAUUUUACAGUGUGCUCAAUUUGCCUUCAGACAUUUACAUCACCCAAGUUUCUUCCAUGUCUUCAUACAUUUUGUGAACAUUGUCUACAGGGAUGGAUAGAAGCACAGACGUAUCAGCAAUACAGUGGUGUGUACAAUGCUCUGAGGCUUACUGUGAUCCGUGUACACAGGGUACAUAGGGCAAUGAAAGCUACCAGAAAACAUAAACUGAUCGGUCUUGAGGACGUUCUUCGAGAUUUAAAGUGUCUUUCAUCGAAUGAAAUGUGUAACGAGCAUGCUGACGAAGUGAUCAAGUUGUAUUGCGUGGACCACGACCAGCCAUGCUGUACAAUCUGUGGAGCGGCAUCCCAUCGUAAGUGUGACACUGUCCUGGAACUCUCCGAAGCAGCAAAGGAUGUAAGCAAUACAAAGAGGUUUAGGGAUCUAUUCGAUAAUCUUAAUCAGAGUGAAAAAGACAUUGGGAACGCGGCAAAAUCUCUUGAGGAAAACUUGUCACAAUUGAACAGGGAAAAGCUUAACAUUGAGAGAUCUGCUAAAGAACUGAAAGACGCUCUAAUGAAUCAGAUCAUUGCUCUACACAACCGUUUUCUGAAACAGCUGUCUGACGCGUACACAUGUGCAGCGGUUGAAAUAAGCGCUGACACCGAAAAAUGUUACUUACAGCAAAAGGUGGUCAAAAAUUCUAGACAGAUAUUUGAGAAAUCGUGA